AUGCAGCGAUCAUUUCUACUUCUUCUCUUUGUGUUAGCAGAACUUCUUGCGGAUCUCUCCAUCAUAACACUUGCAAGAACACACGAAGCGGAUAUGGACGCCGCAAGAAUAAAGUGCAACGUGAAUCAAGUAUCGACAAAACAACAAGUGUUUUCUUUGAGUGUUGUUGAUCUGAUUCUUACGGACUCGUGUUUGAUGUCAUCACGAAUUUGCUUAGCAGUAAAGUUAGGAAUCUAUCUAACGAUCUCCCAUCAAAAUCGACUACACCUAGUAAUCACCGAUAAAUAUCAUGAUCUAUAA